UACAGAUUUGACAGAUCACAUUUUACUCCCAGGCACUAAGAAAAUACCCACAGCACUACUUCAUUUUCAACAACAUUUAGCAAGUGCUAGUGCCCUCAGACAAGAUGAGCAAGCUAAAACCACUAAUAUUUUCUUUAAUACUUGUACUUUGGGUAAUCUUAGCAGCAGUUACAGCAUUUACCUUGGAUUCAGAACACCAUAACAAUGAGAAGGAUAUAUUUCGCACUCCUGACGACUUUUUGACAGCUUUGGAAGCAAAGAAACAGGAGACUAUUAUAGAUUACGAGGAUCUUCCUCCUGCAGAUACAGAACCUGCUGAAAAUGAAGUUCCUGUACUUCCAACUCCCAAAGAAGCAGCUGAGCUGCCCACUUGUCUUCUGUGUGUCUGCCUGAGUGGCUCAGUUUACUGCGAGGAGGUGGUUCCAGUAAUCACUGCUGUUCCAGCUUUGCCAAAGGAGACAGCCUAUCUUUAUGCCCGUUACAACAAGAUUGCAAAGAUAGCUCAAAAAGAUUUCAGUGAAAUCCCCACUCUCAGAAGAAUUGACCUGACUGGGAAUGCUAUAUCCGAGAUUGAAGAAGGAGCUUUCUCAAAGCUCCCACAGCUGGAAGAACUUUCCCUUGCUGAAAACAGACUGGUCAAGCUCCCUACCCUACCAACAAAACUGACAUUAUUUAAUGCAAAUCACAACAGGCUCAGAACCAGGGGUGUAAAAGCUAAUGCCUUCAGGAAACUGGUCAAUCUCUCAUAUUUGUACCUGGCCAAUAACGAGCUGGAGGCCGUUCCACCUCAUCUUCCUGAAAGUCUGCGUGUUCUGCACUUGCAGAACAACAACAUCACUGCAAUCACAGACGAGACCUUCUGCAAAGGCAACAACACCCGCUACAUCCGCACAAACAUGGACGAAAUUCGGCUGGAGGGCAACCCCAUUAUCCUUGGCAAAUACCCCAACAGCUUCACCUGCCUGAAGUCGCUCCCCAUGGGGAGCUACUUCUGACACGGCUCCGCAGAGACGGAAAAGCCAAAGAGUUUCAACACCUAGAUUUCAAAAAGUGAAUUUUGCUGUAGAGGGCAACAUGAGAAAGGGGUCUCACUCCUGUUGUAAAUAACUCCACAAGCAAAUCACGUGCCUGCUUAUUCAGUGUUGUUGCACACAAACUAGCCUAAGAUCUGUCCGGCAUUUUUAGUCUUUGAUAGAAUUACUAUUAUGUAUUUCUGGCUUGUGCCAGCUUUCCUUUAAUGUUAAAAUAAAACUCUUCACUUUUUCCCCAAAAUGUUCUCAAAAUUCCUAAAACCUUGAGCAGCAAACUAACAUCAAAUCAAUAGAAAGCCACUGCAUUCAUUUUUAAUUACAGGUUCUUGGGAUAAAAUGUAAAUAUAUAAUCAUUUAUUGCUUUCUUUCUACAUUAGUUCAUCACUAUGUGAUCUCCUAGAAACUUUAUAGUUGAGUUGUCUUACGUGUCUGGUAUAUCAGCUCUUUUUAUAUUUGAACAAAUAGAUAUUAAUACCAGUUCCAAAAACCUUCAUGCUGUUAUUUAAUGUAUAGUUAUAGGGCACUAACAGUUAAUAGCUCAGCUAGUAGAAUAUGCUAAUAUUGUGUAAUCAAUAUUGUACAAUAAUGUAACUAUCACUGAAAAUUAAUUAUUAAUUAUGUGCAACACCAAAAGACGCACACCAUGUAAAGUUUGUAAGACACAUGCCCAGAUUAAAUCAAAACUUUGAUCUACCUGCCAGUCGUAAAUUGCACAACCAAUACUUGAUUGUAAAUAUCCAUAAGAUACACGAGAGCCUUUAAGGAAGUUGAAUGCCACCACAAUGCCACAGAAUUUGGAAUCUGUGUUUGGCAGGUUGAUCAAAGUUUAUAUUUAGUCCGAAGUGUACUUUUUCAAUAAGUAUUUUAAUAAAAGAAACUCAAUGUUUACAUUAAGACUAUUCGCAAUGGAUAUCA